AUGUCUAACGACGACGGAACAUUGACUAACGGCGUCAUAGUCAAACAGACGUCACCAGCAACUAACAAAGGAACUCUCAACGCCGUGAAGAAGCCACCGUCUAAGGACCGACACAGCAAAGUCGACGGGAGAGGGAGACGGAUUCGCAUGCCAAUCAUAUGCGCAGCUCGAGUUUUCCAGCUGACGAGGGAGUUAGGUCACAAAUCCGACGGCCAGACCAUCGAGUGGCUCCUCCGUCAAGCAGAGCCUUCUAUCAUAGCCGCCACAGGAACAGGCACAACUCCGGCGAGUUUCUCCACCGCUUCUCUCUCCACUUCUUCGCCCUUCACGCUCGGAAAACGCGUCGUUCGAGCGGAGGAGGGAGAAUCCGGCGCCGCCGGAGGAGGAGGAGAGUUAUCGGUUGGACACACAAUGGGGACUUCUGGUGGUGGUGGGUUCUGGACAAGGCCUGAUUUCGGACAAGUGUGGAGCUUUGCCGCCGGAGCUCCGCCGGAGAUGUUGUUUACGCAGCAGCAGCAGCCGGCGACACUCUUCGCCCGUCAUCAGCAACAACAACAGCAGCAAUCUUCGGCCGAUGCAGCUGCUGCAGUGGGUGAGGCUUCAGCAGCAAGAGUGGGGAAUUAUCUUCCGGGUCAUCAUCUCAAUUUGCUUGCUUCUUUGUCGGGUGGGAAUACCGGGUCGGGUCGUAGGGAGGAGGAGGAGGAAAACCCACGUUGAAAAAGGUUCCAUUUGAGUUAUGUAUAGAAAACUCGUGUGUGUUUAUGUCAUUGAAAAUGGUUAGAGACUACUUUUGUGUGCCUUUUGGGUUCAGCUUUAGUUAAUUUUUAAGGUUAUUAUUGUUUGAUUGAUUAGGGUUUUAAGAAUAUUUGGUCUCGUAAUUUGUUUGGGAGAGUGACAGUGAGAUGAAUUGAUUGUUGGUUACUAAAAAUGCCAUAAAGAAGAGCAACAAAAGGCUCUUUGUACGAUUUGUGCGUGAUUUCUUUUUAUGGUUCUAGUUUCAGUGAAGUUGAG